AUGAGAAAUUUAAUUUUAAUCGUCGUUAUUUGUUGUGUAACACCGGCGGUGUUGCCAGCUAAAUAUAUCAUACCGAAGUGGAAAAAACAGAAGAGUGUCCAGGCGUGCGAGUUGCCGUCAGUGCAGAGCGAGCACAGCCAUUACGUGUGUGAUGACAAGGGCGAGCCCAAGUGUUUACCAGGCUGGCAGGGCGAUCUGUGCGACGUGCCAAUAUGUAAAAAGGGUUGUGAUCCUUUGCAAGGUUAUUGCAAGCGACCGGGCGAAUGCCGGUGUAAAUUAGGAUUCUACGGUGACCGAUGUAACAAAUGCAUACCACUUCCCGGCUGUCAGCAUGGCUACUGUAACGUGUCCUUCGAAUGCAUAUGCAGAGAUGGUUGGGACGGAUUGUUUUGUUCUGAACCAAUCUGUCGCUCGGAUUGUCACGCGACGCGCGGUUUCUGCGAGUCGCCGGGCGAGUGCCGCUGUCGGUUAGGUUGGGCGGGGCCGACGUGCCGCGCCUGCCAGCCGCUACCGGGCUGUCAGCACGGCUACUGCGAUAAGCCACUGGAAUGUAAAUGCUUACCAGGAUACACCGGACUGUUGUGCCAGACUCCAAUAUGCGCUCCUGGUUGCCACGGAGAGCGUGGUUACUGCAGACGGCCAGGAGAGUGCCGCUGCAAGGUCGGAUGGACGGGACGCACGUGCUCUCAGUGCCACAGGUACCCCGGCUGCGUGCACGGAACUUGUAACAGACCAUGGGAAUGCAUCUGUGAACCCGGUUGGGGCGGUAUGCUUUGCGAUGAAGAGUUAAAUUACUGUGAGAAAAAUCAAGAUACGUGCAAAAACGGCGGUAAAUGCCAGUCACUAGAAUCUGGAGAUGGCUUCUACAGAUGUCAAUGCCCUCCCGGUAUCAGUGGCAAAAAUUGCGAGAAUCUUCCAGACAGUAUGACGACACCUGCUGCGAACAUCACAGAAGUACCAGAAGUACCAGAAGUACCAGAAGUACCAGAAGUACCAGAAGUACCAGAAGUAACAGAAACGUCAGAAGCACCAGAAGAAGUUGAAGAAACAGAUGAAAGUUCAUCGGUAAAACCCGAUGGUACAUCUGAACUGAAUAAUGGUGAAAAUGAGACUGAAUGA